UUACAUAAAAGUGAAUACUGGCAUUUGGCGCCAUCAUGCCUGAAAAAAUAACUGUGGAAGUUCGAUGUCACGUGACCGACCCAGCGAGAUCUCGCGAUUUGCCUUCACGGAUUAUGGAUUACAGUAAGAUUGGAGGUCAACAGCAUAAAAAAAAACAAGUUAAAAUGGAGCAGGAUUUGAAGAGUAAAAUUGAUCAAGCAUGUAGAACUGCUGAAGAAUUUACAAAAUUAUAUUAUGAAAGUUUGGACAAACGAAGAUAUAAUUACAUAUUUCAGUUAAUUUCAAGAUUGUACUUGGAUACAGCUACUUUAAUAUGGAAUGGAAAUGGAGUUGAAACUAAAGACAACAUACAAAAAUUUUGGACAGAUUUACCACCCUCUGAACAUUCUAUUAUUACUUUAGAUGCACAGCCUAUCACAGGUCCAGGAAUAACUAAUCAGUUAACAUUCCUUGUUAAAGUUGGGGGACAAGUUAAAUUUGAAGAGAAAAGUUCAAAGCCUUUUAAUCAAACUUUUUUGAUCACUGCAGUGGGUGAUAAAUGGAAAAUUGUAAGUGAUUGUUUCAGAGCAUUAGAAACAUAGCGAAAAAUGCUGGUUGAUAUAAAGAUUAGUUAGAUGAUCUUAAUCAAAACGUAUCUGUCUUUUAUAAGUUGUAUAUAUUGUAUAAUAACAUUAAGAAAGUGUUCGCAUUAUACAUAAGAAAUUUUAUAAAAUAUGACAUUGUGCUUUAUUAUUCUAUGAUGCUUGUUAUUGAUUUAAAAAGCAUUUUAGUUCCAUAAUUAUUUUUAUUUUCAUUUUCGAUCUUAUAUGAAUGUAUAAAGCAAUAUUAAAAUUUUGUAUUAGUGAAUCAGUACAUUGGUCUUUAGAAAUGUAAUUUUACAUCAAAAAAUAAAAAAUAAAUACAAGUAUAAAUAGACAUAAAACUACUAUAAUACAUAUUAUAUAAAACAA